UUUGUCCAAGGUUAAAGCCCAUUAUAACUAACUGCUCGUAAAGUCUUCAACUCAUUUUACCUUUUCUUCCAGUCUCAGACGCAUACACAGAAAACCCGGCGGAGAUGAAUACAACGACGGUUUACCGGUCCAGAAACCGGUUAAAAUUUACGGCAGUUGUUUUUACAGUCACGCUGCUGUUCAUGAUGAUAAUCCACGCGCCGAGUAAAGUAACAGCUUCGAAAUCCACGUCAGCUUUUGUUGAAACCGUCAUCUACUCCAAUAAGAUCGCCAUGUUCUCCAAAUCAUACUGCCCGUAUUGUAGGCAUGCGAAACGCAUAUUUAAUGAACUAAACGAACAGCCUUAUGUUGUUGAACUUGACCAUCGGGACGAUGGGUACAAAAUUCAAGAAGUGCUUUUAGAUCUUGUUGGCCGUCGUACCGUUCCUCAAAUAUUUGUGAACGGGAAACAUAUUGGUGGUGCCGAUGAUCUUGAAGCAGCCGUCCAGAAUGGUGUGUUGCAAGAUCUCCUUAGCACAAGUUGAAUAUGAAGGGAAACAGUCGAUAUUAUCUGUUUGAUGUAGUGUAGCUUUUCUGCCUGUUGGCCCUGUAAAUCAUUCACUGGUGAAAACAUAAAUUCAGAGAAAGAUGAUAUAUAAGGAUUCUGUAUUCUGUCUGUACAUAUUUUUCAUUUGUUUUACUGAAUGGAUCUACAUUUCAAGAUUGUAGGAGAUAAAAA